CGCACAGUGGAUCCGCCGCGCGGAGCUGCAGCCAUGGAACCAGCAACCCCGGACCUCGAGCGGCUUUUGCAGCCGUCGCCGCUGGAACCUCUAGGCCACACCGACGCUGGGCUGGAGGCUGUGGUCGAUGAGGAUGCGGAGGGGGUCCGAGACGAGGAUGUUCCCGGUAACCAAACGAUGAUAGAAAAUAACUUUUGGUUGAAGAAGAUAGAAAUUAGUGUUUCAGAAGCAGAAAAGCGAACUGGAAGAAACGCCAUGAAUAUGCAGGAAACGUAUACUGCUUACCUCAUUGAAACAAGGUCAGUUGAACAUAUUGAUGGUCCGAGUGUCCUAACAGAUUCACUGUGGAGGCGAUAUAGUGAAUUUGAGUUGUUGAGAAACUACCUUUUAGUUUACUAUCCUCAUGUCGUUGUGCCACCUCUACCAGAAAAAAGGGCAGAAUUUGUUUGGCAUAAACUCUCCGCUGACAACAUGGACCCGGAUUUUGUGGAAAGACGACGAAUUGGUUUAGAAAACUUCCUCUUGAGGAUUGCUUCACAUCCCAUCCUUUGUAGAGACAAAAUCUUCUAUUUGUUUUUAACACAGGAAGGUAACUGGAAGGAAACUGUUUAUGAAACUGGAUUUCAGCUGAAGGCAGACUCCAGGUUAAAAGCGCUUAAUGCAACAUUCAGAGUGAAAAACCCAGACAAGAGAUUCACUGAACUAAAGCACUACAGUGAUGAACUUCAGUCAGUCAUCUCACAUCUUCUUCGAGUCAGAGCGAGAGUAGCAGAUCGACUCUAUGGUGUAUAUAAAGUACAUGGGAAUUACGGGCGAGUUUUCAGUGAAUGGAGUGCGAUAGAAAAAGAAAUGGGAGAUGGACUGCAGAGUGCUGGUCAUCACAUGGACGUGUAUGCAUCUUCUAUUGAUGAUAUUUUGGAAGAUGAAGAACAUUAUGCAGAUCAGUUAAAGGAGUAUCUUUUUUAUGCAGAAGCCCUACGGGCUGUGUGCAGGAAACAUGAACUUAUGCAGUAUGACUUGGAGAUGGCUGCUCAGGACCUAGCGUCCAAGAAGCAGCAAUGUGAGGAACUGGCAACUGGGACUGUGAGAACAUUUUCUUUGAAAGGAAUGACUACGAAGCUCUUCGGUCAAGAAACUCCGGAGCAGAGAGAAGCCAGAAUCAAGGUGCUUGAAGAACAAAUAAGUGAAGGAGAACAGCAGCUAAAGUCUAAAAAUCUGGAAGGCAGAGAAUUUGUGAAAAAUGCUUGGGCCGAUAUUGAACGCUUCAAGGAGCAAAAGAACCGUGAUUUAAAGGAGGCCCUCAUAAGUUAUGCAGUCAUGCAGAUCAGUAUGUGCAAAAAGGGAAUUCAAGUUUGGACCAAUGCUAAGGAAUGCUUUAGCAAAAUGUAAUCUUGUGAAUUGAAUUUCUCUUCAAUCAAAGUGCCCCAGAACAGAAGCACAAGUAAAUCAAAAUUUAAGUUGCUACCCAGUCUAUACAAAAAUACAUAAGUUGAGUAAAUUCAGCUUUCUUUAAUUUAAUUGUAGAUAUGUUUUAAUAGCACAAAAGGAUCUAUUUGAAUGAAGAUUAAAUAUAAUAAUUUGAGGUUUUGGGGACUGGUGCUGAUUCUAAGUUAAUUUGAUAAAAUAUACCAACAGAUUGUUUGUCAGGCUUCUGAACCAAGGACUGAAUGUCAAGAUGUUGGGUAAUUUUAGAUGUUCAUUUCAAUUCCAGUUGUUUCGGAUCUGUUUAUGUAGAUAAUUUUUUCCUAAAAUUAAAUUCCUAUCUUUACUUGGUAAGACCUACUAAUCUGUUAUAGGGGGUUAUUUUUUCUUGCCUUAUAGUUGAGCUGUUUGGUUUGACAAAGCUCAGCAGAAACUUAGUGUGAAAUCUAUGACCUUCUCCCACAGUCGUUGAUGCCCCCUGUAACAUUUGCAUACACUAAAAAAUGCCUUCAGUUUGUGUUUUAUCAGAAUUUUGGUACUGGUCAGAAGUUUUAUACUGCCAACAAAGAUUCUACUUCUCAGAUACAUAGUGGAAUACAUUGUUAUGAUCUAGGAAUUGCUACAUAGAAUUUGAGUAUGUUACAAAUAAGCAUUAAAUUCUUCUCAGAUAAUUCUCAACCUCAGUGAUGAGCCUAAAUUUACUGUGCUUGGCUCUCUACACAUGGCAUUUCAGGGUACAAGAUGUAGCAUUUUAAUGUAUGGGAUAUAUGUAGUGAACAUACGUGUUAGGAUCUUCAUUAUUAACCUUCUUUUCUAUUGCUUGGCUGUAAUUUUUGUAAAGAUAAAUUAUAUUGUUUUUUGGUGUGUGUAUUUGUGGUGUAUGUUCAGAAGCCAAGCACCCUUAUUUUGCUAGCUUCGCAGAAUCAUACGUGUGCUCAUUACUAGUAAUUAUGUUAAAAAAAGAAAAUCCCCAUUACUGUUCAGCAUUUGACUUUUUUACAUGUUUAAAAUAUUGCUGGAUUUCUGUGCUUUCUGCCAAAUACAAUAAAUAAAUGAAGUAUUGUGCUGAUUUUCAUACAA